UAUGUCAUUACUGGGGAAACUUCUCUGUGUGUGUUUGAUCACUGUGUAUGGCUGCAUGUGCCAGAAACAUGAUGAUCAACAUCAGGCCAUGUUUCUUGCAGGUCCCAGGACCACCAGUCAGGUGAAAAACCUGAAUGGCAAACCAUUUGAAGCGUUGGAUGCAUUUGACUGCAGUCAUCCUGUACCUCCAGGUUUUAAACAGUACUUUGAGUACCUCCAGAGCGGAGGGGUGACUCAUUUCAAAGUGCCGCUGUCAUGGGCUCAACUCCUACCAUCAGGCCUCCCCAGCCAGCCCCAGCAGGAUGUGGUUACCUGUUACCAGACUCUGCUGAGACAGCUGCAGGAGGUGGGCCUUCAGCCUCUGGUCGUCCUUCAUGGAUCCACAGUGCCAGAUGCUCUGAGAUCAAGGUAUGGAGGCUGGGAGAGCCAGGAGCUGGUAGAGAUGUUUCAGCAGUAUGCAGAGUUUGUCUUUGGAGAGUUCGGAGAGCUGGCAGAUUCCUGGGUGACACUGAGCAGCUUGGACGAGCUAAGGGAUGCUGAGCUGCAAAGCGCCCUUGACGCACACAUCAGUGUCUACCACUGUUACCACCGACUGUUUCCUGGGAGAGAUGGAGGAGUAUCAGUUGGGGUGAAGGCCAGUAAAGUCCCAGUCAUCAGUGACACUCAAGUACUGAAAUAUUCAGAUUUCCUUUCUAUUAAAAUUCAAUAUGACUGCACUGCUGGACAAAACCCAGCUGAGGAACUGAGAAUAGUUUUGGGAAUGUGUGGAAACAAACCCAUUCUCUUUUAUGAGGUGAACAUCAUCAACUGUUCUCCUUAUCAGUUCCUGUCAGAUACCAGAAUCUUGAAAGCGCUGAGUGAUGGAGACCAAAUUGUUCUUGGAUUUGACAUGGAGGACAUGUUACGUCCAGCUGACAGCAUCCCAAAAAGUCACACACAUCAAAAUGACAGAAACAAUCUUCCAACAUCAUCAUGUUCCACGACCUACUGCAAAACCUGGAGCAACUUUGCCUCUAAGACCUCAUCUGAGCGAGAUGCCUUCCUGAAUGAAUCCUUCCCCGUUGACUUCCAAUGGGCCACCUCCAGUGAAUCCUUCAAGGUUGAAGGUGGCUGGGUGGAGGAUGGGAAGGGAGAGACCAUUUGGGAUCGUUUUGGUCAUGACGGCCUAGCCUUUGAGAAUCAGACAGCUGAUCUUGAUUGUGACAGUUACCACAAGGUGGAUUAAGAUGUCUACCUGCUGCGAGGUCUUCAUGUCAACACCUACCAGUUUUCCAUCUCCUGGGCCCGUAUUUUCCCCUCAGGCCACCGGGGCAGCCAGUCACAGAAAGGGGCUCUCUACUAUGACAAGCUGAUCGAUGCUCUCAUUGAGUCAGGCAUACAACCUGUUGUCACUCUCUACCACUGGGAUCUGCCCCAGGCACUCCAGGACUAUGGUGGAUGGACCAAUGCUUCCAUUGUCGAAGCCUUCAAGGACUAUGCAGACUUCUGCUUCUUCAGGUUUGGAGACAGGGUCAAGACCUGGAACACAUUCAGUAGCCCCUGGGUGGUGAGCCAUGCUGGAUAUGGCACUGGUGAGCAUCCCCCUGGAGUAAAAGACUACGUGGUUGCCUCCUAUCAGGCUACUCACAAUAUGCUCAAGUCCCAUGCUGAGGCCUGGCAUGUCUACAAUGACAGGUUCAGGAAGACACAAGGAGGGAAAGUGGGCAUUGCAUUGAACUCUGACUGGGCUGAGCCCAUUGACCCCUCCAAACCUAAAGACAUAGCAGCUGAAGACCGCUACCUGCAGUUCAUGCUGGGCUGGUUUGCACAUCCCAUAUUUGUAGAUGGAGAUUAUCCUGCAACACUCAAGACUCAGAUAGAACAGAAGAAAAAUGAGUGUCCCCUCUCUGUGCCUGCAAAACUUCCAGUUUUCACUGCUGUAGAGAGCAAGAGAAUACGUGGAACAGCUGACUUUUUGGGAUUAAACCACUAUACCUCCCGGCUGGUCAACAAAAGUGCUGGUGGCUGCACCCCUGGUCCUCAGGGGGUGGGUGACUUUGAGGCACAUGUGGACCCUUCAUGGUCCUCUACAGCUUCUGACUGGAUCUAUUCUACACCUUGGGGACUUAGAAGGCUUCUCAACUACAUUUCCACAGAAUACUUAAAUGUUACUAAAGUGCCUAUCCACAUAACUGGGAAUGGUAUGCCUACUGAGCACAGUGGAGACACCCUAAAUGACAUCAGUAGAGUAGAGUACAUGAAGAGUUACAUCAAUGAGGCCUUGAAAGCUAUACAUUUGGAUGGAGUAAAUGUGCAGCGGUUUACUGUCCAGUCACUCAUGGAUGGCUUUGAAGGUCCACAAGGCUACAGCGAACGUUUUGGAUUGCACCAUGUCAACUUUGACCAGCCUGAUAGACCCAGAACUCCAAAGCAGUCAGCCUACUUUUACUCCAAAGUUAUUGAGAAAAAUGGUUUUGCUUCCCCAAAUAUAUUCUUUUAUGCACCAGAACUGAAAAACAAGGAGUCAAAUAAAAUGUCCUCACUCCCACCUUCCACUGUCCCAUCCCAAGCCAGGGAUGUCUGGAGGAAAUUCUCCAGCCAAACUAAUUUUCAGAGAAAAAUCUACCACUACGGCACUUUCCCACAAGGCUUCAGUUGGGGAGUAUCAUCUUCAGCUUACCAGAUUGAAGGUGGCUGGAAUGCUGAUGGGAAGGGGCCCAGCAUCUGGGAUACAUUCACCCAUAAACCUGGCAGUAUUCCCGCUAAUGCCAAUGGAGAUGUGGCCUGUGACAGCUACCACAGACUUGAAGAAGACCUCUACAUGCUGCGAGCUCUCAGGGUGAAAUCAUACAGAUUCUCAUUGUCCUGGUCCAGGAUCUUUCCUGAUGGUCAGCAUACCUCUCUGAACCAGAAAGGUGUUGACUACUACAAUAGACUCAUUGAUGGCCUCUUAGCAUAUAACAUCACUCCCAUGGUUACACUGUACCACUGGGACCUUCCUCAAGCUUUGCAGAACCUCGGUGGCUGGGACAAUGUAGACAUGAUUAACAUUUUUAACGACUUUUGUGACUACUGCUUUGCCACCUUUGGAGACAGAGUGAAAUUUUGGAUGACCUUCAACCAGCCUCACACAAUAGCUUGGUCAGGUUAAGGACUUGGACAGAUCCCCCCAAAUGUCAAGAAUCCAGGAAUUGCACCAUACAGAGUUGCCCACAACCUUAUCAAAGCCCACGCCAAGGCUUACCACACAUAUGAAGAUAAGUAUCGCAAAUCCCAAGGUGGUCUAGUCUCCAUUGCCCUCAAUGCUGAUUGGAUUGAACCUAAAGAUGUUAACGUUCCCCGUGAAGUGGUGGCUGCUGACCGCGCGCUGCAGUUCCAGUUGGGUUGGUUUGCACACCCCAUUUUCAAGACUGGUGACUAUCCUGAUGCAAUGAAGUGGCAAGUUGGAAACAAAAGUGAACUCCAAGGUCUUACACACACAAGACUACCUUCCUUCACUGAAGAAGAAAAGAGCUUCAUAAAGGGAACUGCUGACAUGUUCUGUGUAAAUCAUUACACUACAAAAAUAGUAAGCCAUGUUACCGCUCGGCUAACCCCUCAAUCCUAUGAAUAUGACCAGGACGUGUCAGAAGCAGAGGAAGAAGAUUCACCAACUACUGCCAUCAGUAACCAGAGAGCUGUAGCAUGGGGCUUGAGAAGACUCCUUAACUGGAUCAAAGAGGAGUACGGAGAUCCAGAGAUUUACAUCAGUGAGAACGGAGUAGCAACAGACAUUAAGACCACAGUUGAUGACAUUGACAGAGUGUUUUACUACAAAACCUACAUUGAUGAGGCUUUAAAGGCUCAUAAUCUUGAUGGUGUGAAGGUGAAGGGUUACAUAGCAACAUCUCUCAUGGAUUCCUUUGAGUGGCUCAGUGGGUACAAAGUAGGAUUUGGGCUGCACCAUGUAGACUUCACCAACCUGAACCGGCCAAGGACACCCAAGCGCUCUGCUCACUAUUAUUACCAAGUCAUGAAGGACAAUGGCUUCCCGUUACCCGAUGAUGAGAAGAUGCUUUAUGGAGAGUUUCCCAAAACUUUCAAUUGGAGUACUGCCAGUGCCUCUUAUCAGAUUGAAGGGAGCUGGAGAGCCCAUGGAAAAGGACUUAGUAUUUGGGACAAGUUUGCCCAUACUCCUUUGAGAGUGGCCAACAGUGACAAUGGCGAUAUUGCCUGUGAUAGUUACAACAAGAUUGACAAGGAUGUGGAGGUGCUGAAGAUGUUGAAGGUUACCCACUAUCGCUUUUCUGUAUCCUGGCCCAGACUACUUCCCGAUGGCACAAACAACCACAUCAAUGAAGCUGGACUGAACUAUUACCAUAGAUUACUGGAUGCCUUGGAAGCUGCUAAUAUUCAGCCCCAGGUGACUCUGUACCACUGGGACCUCCCCUUAGCUCUACAGAAGGUUGGGGGCUGGCAGAAUGAAACUAUUGUCCAGAGAUUCAGAGAUUAUGCUGAUGUUUUGUUCAGCCGAUUUGGAAGCAGAGUAAAGUUCUGGAUCACUCUGAAUGAACCUUACAUUGUAGCCAACCUUGGCUAUGGGUACGGUACCUUUGCUCCAGGCAUUGUGGGUAAGCAGUAUAUUGCAGCUCACAACCUGAUUAAGGCCCAUGCUGAAGUCUGGCACCUCUACAAUGACAAGUACCGUGCAACACAAGGUGGCAUCAUCUCCAUUACCAUAAAUUCUGAUUGGGCAGAGCCAAAGAACCCAUAUAAGCAGGAGGAUGUGGAUGCAGCCAAGCGCUACUUGCAGUUCUUCAUUGGCUGGUUUGCCCAUCCCAUCUUCAACGGUGAUUAUCCUGACAUAAUGAAAACAAUUAUUCGUAAAAGAAGCCUCGCUGCAGGUCUCCCUAAAUCACGGCUUCCUGAGUUCACGCCUGAGGAAAUCAAGAGGAUCAAAGGGACCCAUGAUUACUUUGGCUUCAACCAUUACACGACGGUUCUUUCUUACCCAGUUGAUUUGGGAAAACAGCAGGAUUAUGAAGGUGACAGGGGCACUGGGACCACCCAUGACCGCACCUGGAUUGAGUCUGGCUCCUUCUGGCUGAAGAUCACACCAUUUGGUUUUAGGAAAAUCCUCAAGUUUAUCAAGGAUGAGUAUGGAAACCCACCCAUCUAUGUCACAGAGAAUGGGAUCUCAGAACGAGGAGAAGUGAACUUGAAUGACCUUCACAGAAAACACUACUAUGAAAACUACAUUAACCAGGCCCUGAAAGCCCAUGUUCUGGAUGGAGUUGAUCUGAGAGGAUAUACAGCCUGGUCAUUAAUGGAUAACUUUGAGUGGGCCGCUGGCUUCUCUGAGCGAUUUGGACUUUUCUACGUGAACCGCUCAAACCCCACACUUCCACGCAUCCCUAAAAACUCAGCGUCUCGCUACGCCACCAUCAUCACCUGCAAUGGCUUCCCAGACCCAGCCCUUGGGCCCCAUGACUGUUUGAACCCUCCACCUGAAGCUUCAACUGUCCCUACUAUCAGCACACCAGGGACCACUGUCCAUACAACUGUCCCUGUUCAGCCCCUGAACAUGGUAGACUUCCUGGGUCUGGAGCUUUCAACUCAAGAUGCUGAAGUUGCACUUUAUGUAAUUUUUGUUUUCCUUCUCAUAACUGUACUUGGUGUCAUCUUUGUUGUAUAUGGGCUCUUGAAAACAAAGAGGAAGUUAAAGAAAGCAGCGGUGGCAUCCUUAAAGAUGGAGAGAAUGUGAGGAAAGUUUAGGAAAGAAGGGAUGUCUCCAUAACUAGUCCCAUUUUUUGGUAGCUUUUCUGGGCCUUUUUACAACCUUACAAUUAUAUAGAACAACUGUGUUGUUUAAAGUUUUAGGGCAAUUUGUCUGUAUGUGAAGACUUCCCAAAGGUGCAGAAAAAAGAGAAAGACCCAAGAUUUAUGAAGACUUUUUUCCCCCAAAAUGACAGAUUCAGUUUCUUAUUGAGGCACUUGAAAAUAAUGGCAUACAAUUAUAAUAUAUUUUUAAAAAAGUGCAAAGAAAUUAGGAUUUUUGGAAGGUGAAAUCAAACAUUUUAAAGACUGUGAACCCUAAUUUAAUUGGUAAAAUGUACCUUUACUUCUGUGAUCAUUGCUUCUUGAGUGUUUUCAAUAUUUAUUUGAUAUUAAUAAAGACUUCACUUGUGAGGUUUUCUGAUUCCUGUGUCACUAUCAAUAAAUGACCUCUGGAGGGCGCCAGUGAAUCAUUUUCUAUGUGAACAUUGGACGUGAUGCUGCUGCUGCCACCACAGUUUUACUUUUGCGGAAUAUGAAUAUUUCACUGAUGCUAAAGCAAAAGAAGGGUAUGGACUGAAGUUGGUAAAUCAAGAAGAUAGAGACCACGCUAUAUAGCAGGGUUUAUACUCAUUUAUUUUUCAUGUAUACAUUUUGCUGUUAUACUACCACUUUGAUCAAAGCUGUGUCUAAGAUCCUGGUAAAGAUGUAUUUAAUUGGAGGGUUUGCUGAGCUCUGACACUCUAACCUGCCUCAUGCUGAUGCAAUGCUUACAGAAUUUCCCAACGGGACUAAUAAAAAACUUCAUUUAUCCAUUUAA